GAGUAAAAUAUGGCAACAUUGUGGUAAGGUGCAAUCUAUCAAUCACUUUGUAAGCGCUUCGGGUGCGGUGUGAAGGUGUUUUGUUUGUACAUAUUGGUAAUAAUAAUUAUCAAAUAGAAAUAAAUUGUGUCCCAGAUUGGCCGAAAUUCAAUGACCAAAGGUGAAAAUCACCUUUAAGAUGUCGUACAUGAACCAGAAUAGUCGGCCAAUGCCUGGCCACUAUCAGAAUUCAGAAAUGUCUACGAAAGACCAAACCUUGAUGUGGCAACAGAAUUCCUACAUGGGUGAUUCAGGUAUUCACUCAGGGGCUGCCACCCAAGUCCCGUCCUUGACUGGCAAGGAAGAAGAUGAUAUGGAUAUUUUUGAUCUCGAUCAAGGAUAUCCACAGGGUUUCACCCAAGAACAAGUGGACGAAAUGAACAACCAAUUGAAUCAAACAAGAUCACAGAGAGUCAGGGCAGCUAUGUUCCCGGAAACACUGGAAGAAGGUAUUGAAAUUCCUUCAACACAAUUCGACACAACACACCAGACAGCCGUUCAGAGGCUUUCUGAACCAUCACAAAUGUUGAAACACGCUGUUGUGAAUUUAAUCAAUUAUCAAGAUGACGCUGAUUUGGCUACGAGGGCUAUCCCUGAAUUGAUUAAACUGUUGAAUGAUGAGGACCAGGUUGUUGUGUCUCAGGCUGCCAUGAUGGUGCAUCAGCUGUCGAAGAAAGAAGCUUCUAGGCAUGCUAUAAUGAAUAGUCCCCAGAUGGUGGCAGCAUUGAUUAGGGCAAUCUCAAAUUCCAAUGAUUUGGAAACAACCAAGGGGGCUGUGGGCACUUUGCAUAAAUUGUCACACCAUAGGCAAGGUUUACUGGCAAUUUUCAAGAGCGGUGGUAUUCCUGCUCUGGUGAAACUGCUUAGCAGCCCUGUAGAAAGUGUUCUUUUUUAUGCUAUCACCACUCUGCAUAACUUACUUCUCCAUCAGGACGGUUCCAAAAUGGCAGUAAGGUUAGCUGGCGGUCUUCAGAAGAUGGUAGUACUUCUCCAAAGGAAUAACGUCAAGUUUUUGGCCAUUGUCACUGAUUGCCUGCAAAUACUAGCCUACGGAAAUCAAGAGAGUAAACUGAUCAUUUUGGCAUCUCAAGGGCCAAUUGAAUUGGUCAGAAUCAUGAGGAGUUACGAUUAUGAGAAGUUGUUGUGGACCACGUCUAGAGUGUUGAAGGUACUCUCUGUUUGCUCUAGUAACAAACCAGCAAUUGUAGAGGCAGGCGGUAUGCAGGCAUUGGCGAUGCACUUGGGAAAUCCAAGUCAGCGUCUCGUUCAGAAUUGCCUGUGGACACUCAGGAACUUAUCUGAUGCCGCUACUAAAGUGGAUGGCUUAGAUAGCCUUUUGGGAUCCUUGGUUCAAGUACUUUCAGCGACUGACGUCAAUGUUGUAACUUGCGCUGCCGGAAUAUUGUCCAAUUUGACGUGUAACAACCAGAGGAACAAGGUGACAGUUUGUCAAGUUGGUGGUGUGGACGCUUUGGUUCGAACUAUCGUGAAUGCCGGAGAGAGGGAGGAGAUAACAGAACCUGCUGUUUGUGCGUUACGUCACUUAACAUCCAGACAUGUCGAGUCUGAGAUGGCACAGAACACUGUGAGACUCAACUACGGUAUCCAGGUGAUUGUUAAGCUGUUGAAUCCUCCAUCCCGUUGGCCCCUGGUGAAGGCCGUUAUCGGCUUAAUCAGGAAUUUGGCACUUUGUCCUGCCAACCAUGCUCCUCUAAGAGAACACGGUGCAAUUCACCAUCUUGUGCAGCUACUGAUGAGAUCGUUCCAAGACACACAAAGGUCAUUCCAGAGGACUAGCGUGUCGACUGGCGGUAGUCAGGCCCCAGGAACUUACGCUGAUGGCGUCAGGAUGGAGGAGAUAGUUGAGGGAACAGUUGGAGCUCUCCAUAUAUUGGCCAGAGAAUCGCAUAAUCGUGCUAUAAUACGUCAACAGAUGGUCAUCCCAAUAUUCGUGCAGCUUUUAUUCAACGAUAUUGAGAAUAUACAGCGUGUUGCGGCCGGUGUACUUUGCGAACUGGCUGCCGAUAAAGAGGGGGCUGAAAUGAUCGAACAAGAGGGCGCCACAGCUCCUCUGACAGAAUUGCUUCAUUCCAGGAACGAAGGAGUGGCAACAUACGCUGCGGCUGUCCUAUUCCGAAUGAGCGAAGAUAAGCCGCAGGAUUAUAAAAAGCGUUUAUCGAUGGAAUUGACGAAUUCCCUCUUCAGAGAAGAUACAGGGUGGAAUCCAGAUUUGAUGGGCGCAGAUUUACAGGACAUUUUGAGUCCUGAUCAACCAUAUGAUAACUUGUAUGGGCAAGGCCCGCCCAGUGUUCACAGCAGCCAUGGUGGACGUCCAUAUCAACAGCAAGGGUAUGACCAGAUACCCAUAGAUAUGGAGGGAUUAGAGAUAGGAUCACAUGGAGGCAAUGGGUCGACUUACAGCGCAAUGGACGUGGGACCAACUGAUCAAGAUUUAAAUUUCGAACAGUUGCCCACCCCUCCCCAGGAUAAUAACCAAGUAGCAGCAUGGUAUGAUACAGAUUUAUAAGCAAAUACUUUCAUGUUUCAUGGACCCGUCUAAAAGAGUUCUAGGGCAGGUCGUCAAAGUGAUCAAAUAAUAAUCCUUGUGAUGUAGGCAGUUUUGUUUUAUUUUAUAUUUUUUUUUGUUUUUUUUUUUAUUGAUCUGAAACUCAUCAUGAUGACUUCAAGCAGUGAAUUUUCCUGCCCGAUUGAUUCCAAAUUCCGCUUUUUUUUUAUUAUGAAGGAAUUAAAUUACAUAUUCAGUAGUUUUGUGGUUUCAAUUUUCGAAUGUCGGGAUACCACUGGAAUUUUACAUAAUCCCAUUGAUUGUCUUCAGCGAAUAUAUUUUUAAGCGUUGACAAUUGAUUUAUGAUGUGAAUUUGUUGAGUUUCAUUGUUUUGAAGGUUUGCUAGCAUUUUUUUAUAACUACUUGAAGGGUGAUAAUUGAAGAACGUUUCUUGAACCUUUUCAUGGUUAAAAAUGAUAUUUUUCUUAUGAAGUUUUUACCAUUAAAAAUUUUGGAACGUGUAAUAGUUUAGAGAAUAAUCGAUGUACAGUUGAUACUGUGACAUCAGAUUUUGCAUUGCAAGAUAUAGUGUGAAUUUAUAUUGAAAAUUUUAUAUUGGAAUUUUGGUGCCAACUAUUUUGUUGAUAAAAAUCAUUUUUAUGACAUUAUUUGUUAGUGUUUUUUAUCUUAUCUAUUGAGUGCAUUGGAUGUAUUUUCAUUUAUUUACAUAAUUUUAUUUAUAACUGAAAAAUUAUGAUAUACCAUUCUAUCGUUAAUCUUUUUGCAGUAUUCAAAAAAGAACAUGUCUGGGAAGACAUAAUAUUUUUAUAUUCUUUGUUUAUUAUUUUUCCAGACUCUUGAUUCAGAAAUGUAUAUCAAUGGGCACAAAUAUUUUGUGUUAUAGGUGUUAUUUCUGAGAACUAACAGGGUAGAAUAAUAAAGGCACUGCCUAUGUAUGCUUCGAA